AUGAACAGUGUCGCAGGAUUGCAGACCACAGCUUUCGACGAUCGAUAUUCCUCGGAGAUUCCCACAUAUGCCAUGCAUCUAUGGUGGGAGAAUGUGGAGACCAUAGAGUCACUAAUCGCGGACGAUAUCGAUACCAACAACGGACCAGACAAUCAACCCAGCCAGCGCUUACCUUCGAAUUCGCGCAGAUCCAAGACAACUCCCGCAAAAACAAACACGGAUGGUAAAAAGUUCGUCAAAACAAAUGACGAAUAUAAUAUUCCCUCAGAUCAAUGGCUACAGAUAGGUAAGGACAUGGCUAAAAGCAGCAUCACAUUCCCGUCUUCUUUUGGGGAGCCUAUACGUGACUUCGCAGAACACUAUCAACAUCUCAAAACGACGGAAUGGAGAAACUUUUACCUAUUAAUGGCCCCUAUCUAUAUGAAAAACAGAUUACCAGAAGAGGAUUAUACAGAGUUUGGGAACCUAAUCGACGCUUUACAUCUGGCCUGCAACUACACCAUCACAGAAGCCGAGAUACUUGUGCUUGAGGAGCGCUUGAAGAGGUUUGUCGUUUAUUACAAACGUCGUUAUUAUUGGCGGUUGUGGGAUAAGCUUUCCUCCUGUCUUCCUGUCAUCCAGCAGGUUUUGCACAUCGCACAAGCUGUCCGAUGGGCUGGCCCAAUGUAUAUGUAUUCACAAUGGCCAAUGGAGCGGGCAUGCGGCAUCAUUGUAGCGUCGGCAAAGUCCAGGGUUUCCGCGAACCGCAACAUGGGUAUCACAAUUGUUCUUCAAGAGCAGCGAAACUACCUACCUUACUUGAUUCCUGCUCAUCCCGACGGCGAUCUCAACGAUGAAAUAGAAGACGAUGAUGGGGCUGUACUUCUUCACCGACUGUUCGGUCGAAGAUUAGCACACAAAAAUAUUCCUUCGAAAUCAUUGCUUACAAUGAAUAAAUCUUCUGGAACUCUAGGUUCACCAAAAAAGCAAGGAGUUUUGGGUGUAUGGGAUCGACGUGCCCUCCAGAAACUUUUGUCAAAUAGAUUCAAUAACGUUGUUCCGUUGGAUUCAACGCCCAAGAAUUGCGUUCAUUGGGCUUCCUUCUCUUCUGGAGUUCGUGGUCUAGCCAAAAAAACGUUCACUAUUGUCUCGACACAUAUGAGGAGAACUAAUUCAACAAGGAGUUCUUCCAAGAUUCGUUAUGAGUUCGAGACAGACAUAGGCAUGAGAUACAGCGGAUAUGGGGAGGUUAUAUUUUGCUCUUCUGUCGCCAAUGAAGACAUGAACCUGCUGCGUUAA